CGCUGAUCCGUGGCUAAUGACAACAGCUAACGUCAAAUCACUCUGUUUUCUUUAAAGAAGGAAAUGGGCGUACUUAACCAUUUGUCCGCUGCAUUAUUUUCCUAAAUCAAUGACUUUGCUGUAUUGGGGAUAUUUAUCCAGAACAUCAACUGUCGCGCUUUACCUGUGACACCGAGCUCCUGAGCUAACUAGCUUAGCUUCAGUUGAUGCUGAAGGAAUGAACUCUCUGGUCGGAUACGGGGUGUCCUCUGAUUCUGAGAGCGACGGAGGUGUGGAGGAUGGAAACGACGCUGCAGCAGGCUCUGCUGAGCAGGUGGGAAAAGAGGCAGCAGCUGUCAAAAAGACCCGCAACUUUCUGCUGGAGUCUGGUUCAGCUUCCAGCGAGUCAGGAAGUGAAUCUGAACCAGAAGACGAGGACCGAGAGUUCUCAUCAUCAUCAUCAUCACCAGCACCACAUCCCCAAGCAUCAGCAUCUUCUGCAGCCUGCCAGCCCACUCUGCCUACUGCCUCCUUAAGUUGUUUAACCUCUAACAAACUGCCCUCUCCUCCUCUGAAUGCCUGCUCUGACAGCAGCGUGUUCGCCAAUCCUUUCAAGGCUCAGGCAGACCAGAAACUCAGUGCCCUGCAGAAACAUGUCCCUCUCACAAUGCAGGCCAAACCCUCCCAGAUAGGAGGUAAGCGGAUGUGUGUGUCAUACAGGAAAGACGGAAGGUGCAGGUUUGGGAUCAAAUGUAAGUUUGCUCAUGACAGCGACCUUCAGACUCCAGUGACUCCAGGUGACUGUCAUCCGCCCGCCAGUGAGGAAGCAUCAGAUCAAGCUGUGGGCAGCUCCUGUAGUGGAGGAUCCCAGAAGGAGGCCAAGGAGGAAGAGUCUGAGGGGCAGCAAGUGAAGAAGAGGAGGGUUGGACUGAGUAACACCUUGAUUCCUCCUAAAAGAGCAAUGAAACAGUAUGCUAUGCAGAGGGACAGAGAGCGCAUCAAUAUGUCGUGAUAAAUGUCUUUCUGAAUAGUGACACUGUGUGGGAUGAUCUAUGUUCUCUGAGCAUAUCUGUGUAGAAUUUGUGAACUUUAGAUUUUUAGAAUUUAAGUAAUAACUCACCAACAGUUACACUUGCAGAAGAAGGGAAUUAAACCUCUUAACACACAACAAAUGGCCUACCCCUAUAACAACUAACCUACAGCCACCCCAUUGACACGUGAUGCUUUAAGGGUUUUCCGUUCAAAUUAUCUCAAAACAAUGAAUACACUUCGGUUAAAUGUUAAGACAUUUAUUUACAUCUUAUAAAUCGACAUUUUUUUUUUGUGGUUGCUCUAGCACACAUCCUAUGUGAGAGAUCAGAGAGGUGCUGACACAUUAGAAGGUUUCUACAUAACUUUGCUUAUCAAAUUACAUUACACUGGAAAGGUUAUUAACAAAUCAGUGACUGUGCUUGCUGUUACUUAUGGGUUCACACGUGAUUUGCAUUGUCCAAGGUCACCUUUUGGCUGGUUAAAAUGACCGAGGACUCGUGAGCGUGACACUAUACAGAUUAUUAUUCAGUUAAAGUCUACUAACAGCAAAGUUUAACAAACAGCUGCACAAAUGCCAUUUAAAAUGUGUCUGACACUGCCAAAAUCUGAAAUAUGCACAACAGCUUUUCCUGUCUGUACUUGCUGUCUGUCUAGAUUUGAAAUGUCUCCAUUUUCUUUUUAAGUUUAGAUCAUUUUGUUUAUUCUUCUAACCUUGUCAAAUAAAGAUUUCACAGUACAACUGGA